AUGACUUCUUUCAUCCCACGAAGCGCCUUCCCGCCUCUUACCUCACUUCCGAGAUCGUAUUAUCUCGGGCAUCAUGCCGCGGGUUUAUCCAAGAUGAGAACGCUGCUUAGGCAGAUCGAUCUUAUCAUCGAAUGUCGAGACCAGCGUAUUCCUCUCACUUCGCGGAAUCCCAUGUUCGAGGAAAGUUUGGCGGGACGGGAACGCAUGAUUGUCUACACCAAAAAUGAUCUUGGAAACACUGGCAGCCGCGAAGAUUUGCAGAAACAUAAAUUGAUCCGCGAAUGGCAUCGACCAGCAAAGGUCAUUUUCUCCGAUUACAAGAAUCGUAGAGAUCUACGGAGGAUACUGGACCACAUCAAGGAAGCAAGCCAAGCCCGUGGUGCUCUGACAGGAUCACAUCUUAUGGUGGUGGGAAUGCCAAAUGUUGGAAAGUCAACAUUACUCAAUGCGCUUCGCCACGAGGGCGUAGGCAAGGGCAAAGCCGCGCAUACUGGGGCCCAACCAGGUAUCACACGAAAGAUCGGCACGGGAGUCAAAAUCGUUGAGCCUGAUGAAAGCGGCUCGGGUGCUGUCUAUCUGCUCGACACGCCUGGAGUCUUCAUCCCGUAUGUUCCAGAUCCUGAGGCUAUGCUCAAGCUAGCAUUAUGUGGGAGCGUCAAAGACAAUCUUGUCCCUGCUCUAAACCUUGCCGACUACCUGCUUUUCCGCCUUAACCUACAUUCUCCAUCGUUAUACUCGGAAUAUUCGGAGCCGACAAACGAUAUCAUGGUGCUACUUGAUGCAAUCGCACGGAAAACCGGUCGAUUGCAACGGGGUGGCACUCCAGAUCUUGAAGGAACAGCAUUAUGGAUGAUUCAGAGGUGGCGGAAUGGCCAUCUAGGGGUCUUCACUUUGGACGAAGUGUCAGUGGAAGCUUUGCAAAGAUAUGAUGACCAAUCGCUGGUGGGGAGCAGUCUAAAUCAGGCUCGCAAGGCUGGCAAAGAGGCCUUGAAGAUGCGAGCAAAGGUCAAAUAUGCCGGCGCAAAUGCAGAAUAGGCUGGAGACCAUGAAAGAUGUGGUACUUAGGUAUAGAGAGUCACUAUGUAAAUCAUUGUAUAUCACGUGACAUGACGAUUCUCUGCCUGCACGCCGCGUUUCCCUGGAAAUGUCCGCGAUGCGCGUGAAGGUGCGCAAG